AUGUUUCAGGAUGACAUGGAAAUUCCCAACGAACCGGAAAUUCAACUUCAAAAUGCAUCCAGUAAAUCAACAGAUAGCAAAAGAAACAAGUCACCGUCGUCUCCUUUGCCUUAUCACGCGGUCGAUUUACAACCGGACGCUCCGCCGAGUAAAAGACGAAAAUGUAGAGAAAACGCGAACGCGAACGCGGAGAAGGCUGCCAGCAACGCAUUGUCCUCGAAAGACACCGAAAACAAAACGUCAGAGAAUCAGACGUCGACCGGUUCGGAUCCCGUUGAAAUAAUACCCCUCAUGCCGAAUUUGAAACUGGAAAUGCCUGAAUAUUUAGUACAAGACGGAAGUAGCUGUAGUUACGAGGAUCAGAGUUUAGGAGACAGUUCAUUAAACAAGAUUGGUAUAGAGGACACGUCGUCCAAUACUCCCGACCACGAUCAGAAGCCCGACAUCAGUCAAACAUUUUAUUCAAGUAGUCAGUCUACUUCGGAUAAUCUGGAUCUCAAACAUCAACCUGCGGAUGUCGGUAAGAAGUACAAUAGACACCUACUUUCAAAACCUAGCACAUCCGGGGAAAGAUUAACGCAAGAAGCAGUGCAGGGUAAGUGUUUCUUGAUUACUAUCUUUCCCUAUGUCUGCAGAAUGCAAACGCGAUGCUUUGCCAUAUCUUUUAACAUUCACGAAGGUUCUGCUAGCAAACGGUAUUACAAUAUCUCUCGAUAGCGUUUGUUCUCGCAUAUAAUUGACCAAUGAAUAUUUGUUCAGACUUAAGUGUCGCCCUUAUGCACUUUCGAUCCCCCUUGAGGAACUAAAAGAAAUGGCAUGGCGGUGAAAUUUCGAUGUUUUGUGCCCACGUAUCGCGCGCGGUGAUACAUUCGAACCGAUUCAAAAAAGAAAAAAAAAAUUCUACACGGAACAUUGGCUGACGAUGACACUUUCACGCGCGAUUCAAAUGAAUACAUGAAAUCAAUCGAAUCUAUCAUUUCCCUUUGGUAAACACCAUGGUAUUUCUCAUCCGAGACGCGAAUGCGAUGCACGUCAAUGCGCGUUCUCUUAACGUGGAUACAAAACAGUCCUUAUUACAUCUAUACUAUCUCUCUCUCUCUCUAUACAUAUAUAUAUUAUAACUUUGAUUAGUUGAGUUUGAUGAUGAAUUGUGCGGAGUAAGAGGGAAUUAAUUUCUUUGAUCGAUUUGAGGGGAUAGUUGCGUGAAUCUCUAAUAACGCAAGUCGUACAAGAAUUGAGUAGCGUACAAGCAACAAUAGCUUCUUCACACUGUUCGAACGCGUACAAAAUUUUUGUUCCGUGCCGUUUCAUAAUGUAAAAGUUUAAAAGCAUUUCGCGGCGUUCGAACGUACAGAAACUCAUUUCCAUUUACUCGUGGACUCGAUCGUUAACAGAGAAAUAAACAGAAAAAGCAAACGAAAAAGAAAAGAAAAUGUUCGCAAGGAAAUCAGGUUCCAUUGGACAUAAUUCACG